AUGUUUAACGAGAGGCAAUCUACUUCCACCAUGGAGUCCAACGAUCAAUUUCCCAAACAGGCAGGCGCCACUUUGAUCAUACAAGACGGCAACCCAAAGUCACCCCUCUCACCUGCCGAUUCCACCCUCUCCUUCGAUGAUGCUCUCGUCUCGCCCCGGGCUUUUGCUCCUCUUCCGGAGCCCGAGACCCUCGCUGACCGGAAAGAGAUCAUCCGCACCAUUGAAUGGGGCGCUCCGGGAGAGAAGAAAGAGGCGGCCGUCACCAAGGGCAUCUCACACGGCCACAAGACGCGCAAGCGUACCCAGUACUAUGAAGGCCGCUUCAACGAAAGGGACACGACGGGCCAAGCCAGAGACCGUGUGGCCAGGGACUCCCCAGUUGUUGUUGAGCUGAAGACCAAUGUCAUUAUCGACGAUGAGUACACCCUGGCGACGUCGCUCUCUAACCAGCUGUCGAGGCGUUUCCAGCGGUCUGAAUCUUCCAUCAUGGUCAACCUAAACCACUCGGCAUGUCUCCUCUUCGGCGGCACCUUUGAGCCCGCCUAUGUUCUUCACAUCACUGCUCUUCCCUCGCAACUGCAGCCUGUCACCAACAAGCGCAAUGCAGCCCUGCUCCAAGAGUUUCUGAGGGAUAUCUUGACCGUUGAGCCUGAACGUGGCAUCGUCCAGUUCCAUGCUCUGGCCGAGGAGAACUUCGCCAUCAACAGCCACACCCUCCUAGGCGAGGUUGAGCAGGAGGAGAGGAAGAUGUCCGAGCAGAGUGGUGUCAGGCUUGCUAUGACCAAGGGCGCCAAGAAGUCAAGGAGCCUGAAGCCCAAGGUCAGCAUGCAGCUUAUGCGCAAAAACUCCAUCAAGUCCAGCAAGACGCUUGUCGCGCCGUCCGUGUCCAGCCCCGGCACUCUCGACUCGCCCAAUACUCUUGUGGAUCUCGCAGGUGAUGACCUGGAGCUGUCGCAAGUGGACAGCAAGAACAACGACAAGCUCGCACAGUUACAGACGAGGCAGACGGCGUCCCAGUCGGUUUCGAUGGCAUCGCCUCCGCCCACGCCUGAGGACACGAAGAAGCCCAAGGUCGGCAAGUCGAAGAGCCUUGCAGCCAUCUUCAGGAGGUGA